CGAGGAUGCCGAUGCCGCGCCCUACACUGUUCCAUGGCGGACAUGUUCUACAUCGACCUCGUACCAGAUCCAACUCUUCCUUCUCCUCAUCCAACUCCUCCUUCUCCUCAAGCAACUCGAGAACCAUCCACAACCAGUCUUCUUCUGCCCAACCACGUAUCUCUCCUUGGCUCUGUCCCCGUUCUCAAUCUUCCGUCGCCAUCACCUCCACCAGAAGGCGAUCAGAACUACAUUGAAUUUCUGGAUUACGGUGGCGCAGAUAAUGGAAAAGGCUUAGUACGUUACUUUGAGACCCAAGAAGAACAGUCGACUGCACCAACGGUGAUCAUCUGCAAACGAUGCAAUGCAAAAGGCGAGCAUAAGACUGUCAAUUGUCCAGUGAUAAUAUGUCUGACGUGCGGCUCCCGUAAUGAACACACAACUCAUUCCUGCCCGAUUAGCAAGGUCUGCUUCAGUUGCGGUAUGAAGGGUCACAUCAAUGCGAAUUGCCCAAACCGUGGACUUCGAUACAAUGAGAGCAAGUACGAUGAUUGUCAUCGAUGUGGUUCCUCUCGGCAUUCGACAAAUGAAUGUCCUACUCUUUGGAGGUUGUAUGACUACUUGACGGAAACAGGUCGGAAAUUAAUGCUCGAGACUCGUCGAGCUCGAAAAGACUUGCCUUUAGGCGGAGGUGGCGAAGGAUACAUAGCCGAAGAUAUGUGGUGCUACAAUUGUGGUGGAAGUGGACACUGGGGAGAUGACUGCAAAGUGAUGGUCCAUAACGGAGACGUACCGACCGAAUACUCAGCCUUUGGCUCGCAUAAUCUCUUUUCAGGUCCUUUCGUGGACUUUGAUGCCGACCAACCAUCGACUUCUCAUCGCGAACUGCGGGAUUGGGAGCGUGAAGACUAUUGGGGAGAUCAUGUACCUACAAAUGUUGGAAAGAAAGGACGGAAAAAGGAGAUGGCAAGUCUCACGGCAAAGGCGACGCAUAUUGAGGAAGAGGGCGACACAGAAGACUGGUUCUCGCGACGCAAAGAGCCAGCGGUAUCAUCUGUUGAUCGUGGCACUAUUGGACAUCUGCCAACGCGACCAGGAAAAAUGAGAGUCUCUAUACCAAAAAGCCUUCGAGACCGCCUCGUAGAUGCUCCAGAAGAACGGACAUUCAAGCGUUCCAAAGAAAAUGACAGGCGAAGGGAAAAGGAUAGGGACAGGGAGACAAGGGAGGAAGAUCGAGGAAGCAAUCGAUCGAGGGAUGAGCGCAGAGGAGAAGUAGGUCGAGGUUCGGGAGGACGUAGCCUACUCGAAAGGAUGACGGACAACAAACCCCGCUACAGGGGUGGUUAUCCAAGGUAGCGAUACAAACGAGAAUCGACUUUAUAAAGGCCGGACUAGCAAUCGCGUUACUUGGCCGCGUCUCACGUUGUAGCUCGCGGUCGUACACCCUCCGA